AUGAAGAGAAUACAUCCACGCCAAGAAAAGGGUCCAACGUUUGAGGAACUUUCCGAUGAGGAGGAACAACUCCAGGGAGAGCAUCAUUCCAACAGCAGUGGUUCAGUAAGAUAUGAAGAUCCAGACGAUAUGAAUGCUAACCACUCCCGUCGUCAUCCUAGAGCUUCAUCUCAACCCAGACCACACCACCGAGAAAGUCAUACAAGAGAUCAUGAUCCAUUUGCAAUAAGAAGUAUCUUUGAUCAAGACCCUUUCUUUUCAAAUCCUUUUGGGCAUUUCUCAUCCUUGAUGCAACGAACGGAAGACAUGUUUCGACAUUUUGACCAAAAUUUUGAGAGACAGAUGGCAAUGGGUGAUAAUGUUGUCUGUUAUUCCUCAACCACAACCACUACAUCGAGUGACGGAGUGACCAAGACCAAGCGCACUGUGAAAGACUCCAGAACAGGAACAGAGAAAGUUUCUGUUAUUAAGGCAGUCGGCGACAAGAGAAGUGUCAUGGAAAAAACCAAGGACAGAGAGGGAAGAGAGGAAAUUACAAAGCGAUUGGAGAAUGUAACAGAAGAAGAAGAAUUUGAAAAAGAAUGGAAGGAGCGUUCUAAAUCGUUGCCCAAGUUCCGUAACCAUGGUUCAGGUGCCAGCAGAUAUCUUGCCAAUGACUCCAAGUCAUCACGCAAUAAGGCUCUAGCUUAUGAGAACAAACAUUAA